AUGGGAGGUGAAAUAUCUGCUUCAUUUGGCCACUACCUCAGGGAAACCCAAGGAAACUUUGUCUACUCUGAAGACAAACAUCCGGACCAAAAGGCUCAGAAGUCACGUCGUACCGCAAGCUCUACUAUGCUUUCAGACGAGGACCCGGUGGUACAAUGUAUUGCCGGGCGUGCUACAAAAUUCGUGGGAUUUAUGGACCAUGACGGGGUCGAGUCAUUCCAGCUUGUCAAAUAUCAGGAGAAUGAGCGGCAUGAUCCUCAUCAUGACUGGUUUUUCGAGCCUAGAAAGAAACCAUCUGGCCAGACUUGUAAUCGAGUUGCGAGCUUUUUUCUCUAUUUAGGCGAGAACCCUAUCGGAGGAGAAACAUGCUUUCACCAUCUAUAUCCUGCCCCUGUCGACGCCGACCCGAGCAAGUUCAGUAACAUCAACAGUGAUGAUGGGCUGGGGUUCGCUGUAAAGCCGAUUACAGGUAACGCGAUGUUUUGGAUGAAUCUGCACGCGAACAACACAGGGGAUGUACGAACCAUACAUUCUGCAUUGCCCAUCAGAGCGGGAGUGAAAUAUGGAAUCAAUAUUCUGCUGAAGCGUUGCUAUGGGAUUUAA